AUGUCCACCCCUGUCCUCCGCCUCGGUAUCCUAGGCGCCACAAACGCUGUCCAAGCCACCUACCUCCCAGUCCUCCGUUCUCUCCAAACACACUACACUCUAACAGCCAUCUACGACCCCAACCCCGAAAUCGCAAACCAAUGCCAAGCACACUUCGGUAUUACACACAGCACAACAGUCGUCGAAGAUGUCCUACUCCAUAAAGAAGUGGACGUCAUCCUCAACCUCCUUCCAAUGGAGUACCACGAGCAAUACACCGUAACAGCCCUCGAAGCCGGCAAAGACAUAAUGGUCGAAGUGCCACUCACAAUGAGCAUCUCAAGCCUGCGCCGCAUGCGCGAAGCAAUCAAAAAAGGCAAAGCCACCCGCUCCCUCAACAGCACCAGCGAAACAAACAGCCCAAAAGUAUUCGUCGGAUGUGCCCGCCGCUACGCACCCUGCUUCACAGAAGUCUUCAAGAAAGAACUCGCCGCCCUAGGCCGCGUGUACUACGCCCGCUGUCGAAACAUCGCCGGCCCAAUGAAUAUAGACAACAGCGUGGCGCGCGCAUCGAAGGACAUCACGCCGCCAAUGAAAAGCAACAAUAACCCAGAGCAGUUCCGCGCGCUGCUGGAAGACGUCUUCGGCUCAGAGGAAGACCUCACCCCGGACAGAGUCGCUUUCUGUCGCUACCUCGGUAUGAUCGGCUGUCAUGAUCUGUCGGUGAUGCGCGAGUCGUUGGGAUUCCCGGAUGGGGUUUCUAACGUCGCUAUCACGGAGCCGUUCUAUUCUGCUAUCUUCCAUUAUACGAACUCCGCUGUGAAUGACGGGUGUCCGUUCACGCUUCUCUAUGAGGCUGGCGUUGAUGCUGUGCCUCGCUGCGAUGCACAUUUGACUGUCUACGGUGCGCACAAGACGCUCAGUCUGGAGUAUGACUUCCCGCGUCCUGGUGAGAAGAUCAGUACUGGGACUUAUGUGCGGGUUGUUGUUGAGGAAGCGGAUGGGACGAUGGAGACGGAUUAUGUUAAUCGCAAUCAGAUCAACGAGACUGGGAAUGUCGUUCCUCGUCCUCGGAUCAAGCGCACGGAGACAGUUAGUACCUGUGACGAGGCGUAUGAGCGUGAAUUCUUGGCUCUACAUUCUUAUCUGGUUGGCGGUGGUUCGGCGGCGAAAACAACUGCCGACGACGCUUUCAUGGAUCUGCGUCUGCUGCUUAUGAUCUUUGACCACUAUAACCGCCAAUGUGGUACCAUUCGGACUCCGUUGGGUUGA